UGCAGGCCAGCGUAAGGCAGCGUUGAAUGAACGCGUCCAAUGACAGAAGAGAUAAUCUAGGUCAUCCAGUAUUUUGCACUCGGCAUGCGAUGCGCAAGCAGGCCGUCAUUCGCUCUAGCGGUACGGGGCAGGUGCCGGGCCGCUGCCCGCAGGGUGCGCCGAGCGUGCAAAAGGCGAUCUGCCUCGUCAACGUAGACUGUUUGCUCGAAGAUCCGCCACAGAUGCAGCUUUCCAACCGACCCUGUCAAGCAAUAUAAUGCCGCAGUGACACAGCAGUUUGGGUGCUGUCUUCGAUGUAUACAUACAUACAAGACGCUGGGGGAACUCACGCACAGUAUCGCUCGACACUCUCCCAUCAUGUCGCUCCAUCCUUCGGUGAGAAGAUCGCGGGUCAGGUGUUUUCCUGGACGCUAUGUCCACCGUGUUGCGAGGUUGAGCCAAGUCACUCCGAGAUCCUCGCCGGACCGAGAGGAUGGUCGCCACCCCCAAGUCCCGGCUGGGACUAGCACGCCCCGAGAAGAUGAGAAUCAGAACGCCCUCAGCAAGCUGGAGAAUGCUUCUCCGCCGAACAUGGCGCCGAACGUUGGUGCGUACGCAAUCCCUGAGCCCCCAGCCCCGACACUCGAGCGAGGAGAAGACACCCAUGCAUCCAGCACACCCCAAAGGGCUCCCGCUGCGCCUGCCCAGUCCGCUCCCCUCGGCAGGACGAAAACUGUCUCUCGCUCCUACAUCUGCCAUGGUGCUGUCGAGGUCUCCGAAGACGACGACGGGCUCAUGUACAUUCCGACCAUACCCACAGAGUUCCUACGCAUGGGCUUAGGACUGGACCUUCCGAUCAUCCACCGGGGCCCGCCGUUCUGUCCUGGACCUGAGGAAGGAGAUUUCCCUGGCGACACGCGCCCUUCGACCCCGGACCAUAUGGUGCAGGACACUACGCACAUAGCGCAGCCCGAGGAGGCCACCGACCAAGACGACGGGUUCGUGAUUAUCGGCACACAAGGCAAUGGAACUGAGGACGUCCAUGACCCAUAGUGCAUCACCAGGGACGUGUUUAUGCUCGACGUGGCUAGUAGAUUGCCUGAAUGGGUCUGAUUGGAUGAUGUCUGUCUCCUUUUGUACGGGCUGUAAUGCACGUGUGUUUCAUUCCGGUCCCCAUUCAUUCACAUGUCCUGGAAUGUGUCUUUCGCUUAGGUAGUUGUCCAGACACCUUCGUUUACCCCGAUUCGCUAGUGGAGAGGGGACAUGAUUGGUUGCACAGUCUAGAAUCUAUUCG